CACCAACGGAAGCACGAAGGUGGCUCCCAAUACCAUUACUUAAUCAAAAGAGCUAACAUCGAAAGAGCAGAACAGCAAAGAUCCUUUCGAAAAUGCCACAGACCAAGCUACCACUGUCAAUUAUUGGCUGGCUGCUCGUGCUGCUCACGACAGUCCUUGCGGACACGGACACGGCGACGACAAACAACACAAUUGUGGUGCACACGCCGCUGCAAAACUAUGAGCAGCCGACGCUGCGCGACUACGAGGAGUGCCAGUCGAAUCGGGACAAGUGCGUGGAGGUGUGCGACGGCGAUGAGGACUGCCAGGACGAGUGUCCUGUGUGCCCGGAGCUGUACGACAAGCCGCUGAUGGUGCAGGGCGUCAACGACACGAAUGUGCUGGCACCCGCCCAGACGCCCAUCAACACGACGAACAUUAUUCGGCUGACGAACGAGAUCAGCAACAUUAUCCAGCACGACAUUAAGAACCGCAACGAGGUGUAUGUCCAGGUGCAGCAGAAUGUCUCGCAGGUGGGCGGGCGCUUUGGUUUGGGCUACACGGACCAGGGCUCCUGCUGCUAUGUGGUGCGGCGAUCGCGCGAGUGCGAGCACAAGGACAACUGCCAGGAGCGGAGUCGCCAGCGAGUGUGCGGUGAGCGUUGUCAGGCGCGUGUGAUGCUGGCCAAGCGUGUGGUCCAGUGCGAUGCGGAUGAGCCCACCAAGUGCCACGAGACCAUCGAGUAUGUGCCGCGCAGGCGCAGAACCGCUGUGCAUCGCAGCGAGUCCAAUGCCAGUCCCUGCCGCUACUUGGGCAACUCCUGGCCCUAUGUCAGCUGUGGCCAGGGACAGCAGCAAUGGCAGCGCGUGAAGCGUUCCAGCUGCCAGCAGUGCCUCAAUCUGCCUUACGGCUAUGUCAUGCAGAACGGACUGCCCGCCCAGUGCUCGGGCUGCUUCCAAGGCUAUGCGGCGCCCUUCCAGCCGCUGUACUACGCUCCCUACGCGCCCUUCAAUCCCUAUCCACAAUAUGCACCAUUUGCACCACUGCCCAACAACCACAACAACAACAUCUUUCAUGGCUCUGGAGAGGAGGAGUCCAGCGAUGAUGCUGGACCCACCCACGGAGAUUGGGUGAUGUGCGAAAGCGAAAACAUUGAGGAUUGCCUCAACAAUGCCGAUGGCAAGGGCAAGCCUGAGCAACCCGAACAGCUGCCACAGGAACAGCGACCCGGCCCUAUCGUUGAUUAUACGGACGAUGACGAUUACAACGUGCCGGUCCAACGACACCGUCGCCGGCGUCAGAAUGGUCGCGAGUUUGUGCGUUCCCUCUACAGCAAGCGGAAUUAAGCUUCAACAAAAAAACGAUUCCCAUCUUAAAAAUUCUCUAAAUUGUCUCUUAAUCUUAAUGCUCUUAAUCUCUCUCUCUCUCUCUCUCUCUAACCAUGCCAUAUUCCCAUGAUUUUAUCUGCCAUAAUGUAUUCAUAUUUUGUCAUGUAAUAAUUUCUUUCUUAAUAAAAAUUGCAUUC